AUGUCUAGUGCUACUGCCAACCAAGAAACUGAAGGUGGUUCAUUUAAAAAUGUUGUAGACAAUCCAGAAACAGCACCAAAAUCUCAUACCUAUGCUGAAAAUGAAUCGCAUCCACACAAAGAACAUACCCACCAUAAAUGUACUCCUGGUGAAGGGGAUCAUAAAUCAUGUGAAAGCAAAUGUGCCAAUCAAGAAACUAAAGGUGGUACAUUCAAAAAUGUUAUAGACAAUCCCGAAACAGCACCAGAAUCUCAUAAAUAUGCUGAAAAUGAAAAUAAUAAAUGUAGCUCUGGUCAAGGCGAACAUAAACCAGGUGAAAAUAAAUGUGGUAAUUGCGACAAGAAAUGA